GUAAUUAGUUCCUGCAAAUUCGCGCUGAUAUACGCUUAAUAUUCUACCAUAGAACGAAGGAUAUUAAAAAGGGUAUAAAAUUACUUUCGAAUAUAAUUUGUAAAUUAUCAUGUUUGCAGCAAGGCGUCUUCUAGUCUCCAAUACAAUCAAGGAUGUGUUUGCAAGAUCAAAGCACACACUUCCGGAGCUGCCUUAUGAUUAUAAGGCUUUGGAACCAAUUAUAUCCGCAGAAAUCAUGCAGCUUCAUCAUUCCAAGCAUCACGCAACUUAUGUUAAUAAUCUGAAUAUCGCUGAGGAGAAGUUAAAGGAGGCAGUUGUAAAAGGUGACGUCAGUACACAGAUUGCUCUGAGUCCAGCCAUCAAGUUCAACGGUGGUGGUCAUCUUAAUCAUUCAAUCUUCUGGUGCAAUCUUUCACCCAAUUGCAGUGAUCCUGAUGCUACCCUUGUGAAGCAAAUCGAAAAAGACUUUGGCAGCUUGGAGGAACUGAAAAAACGCUUAUCCGAGACAACCGUAGCGAUUCAGGGCUCUGGUUGGGGCUGGCUUGGAUAUGAUCAGAAAGCAAAGUCGCUUAGAAUAGCGACCUGCGCAAAUCAGGAUCCGCUGCAGGCCACAACUGGUCUUGUGCCUCUUUUCGGCAUUGAUGUAUGGGAACAUGCCUACUAUUUGCAAUAUAAAAACGUACGACCCGAUUAUGUGAAAGCAAUCUUUGACAUUGUUAAUUGGAAGGAUGUAAACGCGCGCUUUAAAAGUGCCUCCGGCUGCUAAAAAUCAACAGUUUAAUGUGUAAACCUGUUUUAAAUAUGAUGAUGUACAAGUGGAUUUUUUAGACUGGCACUUUUAGGAUUGAGGUUUGUCAUAAAUUUUUGUUACAUUCGAUAACGCGCCUGUGAUUUUCCAUAUGCUUUUCUUUUCUAGAUUGUACGAUAAAUUUGUGUGACUAAGAAUGAGUAAUAAGUAAAACUUAUGUAAAAGAUAUGUCUAGCAUUAUUAUGCGUUAGCCUUAGAAUUGUAGAAUAAAACUAGUGUAGCAAAUCCUA